UUGAUCGCUGGGACGAACAUGGCUGUGGUAUCCCCCGAUGCUGGGGGAUGUACAACUGAAACCAACGCGCACGAAAUUUUGAUUCAGAACGAGACGUUGAAGGUAAAGCUUUUCGAUACACCCAGUCUUGACGAGGGCCCUCGAGGUGCCGUUCCCGACAAGGAAGCUCGAAGAAUUCUGAAGCGCCUCGUUGGAACUCUGAUGAAGCAAGGCGACAUUCAUCUCAUCAUGUACUGCGUGCGAGGUGAACGAGUCGUUCUGACACUCCGCCGGAACUACAAGUUCAUCCAAUCCAUAGUCAAGAUGAGAGUUCCAAUUGUCCUCGUUGUCACAUGUUUGGAAUCCUACGAACCAGAGAUGGAAAAGUGGUGGAAGAUCAAUGAGCGAACUAUCUCAAACGUCGGGAUGACGUUUGCUGGCCACGCAUGUGUCACCACAGCGAUGAUAUCAGGACCUAAGGUCAUCGAGCGCCGCGACCAGUCAUACAUCCAUGUCUGCAAGCUCAUUGAGCAGUGUCGCUUGUCAAAUGAUACAGGGGUUCACACUGAGCCGUUACGAGGCACCAUUCACAACAUCCCUUCUAUAAUGACUGCAAGGUACAUAGAAUCCAGACAGGAUCUUUGCAUCAAAAUUGUCGUAGUCAUUGGGGAGACAGGGACAGGGAAAAGCUCACUCAUCAAUCUCAUUGCGGGCAAGCACGUAGCAGACACAUCUGCCGGCAUGGCCUGCUGUACAUUGCACUGGCAAGAACAUCCCAUCGAAUUCGAUGGCGGGUCUUAUAGGGUGUUCGAUACCGUUGGACUCGAUGAUCCACACCUGGGAAUCUCACAUUACCUCGAUGCUGUCGAGAAUGUCCAUAAGCUCAUCCAGGAUUUGGAGAGACAAGGGGGCAUUGAUCUGCUUCUGCUCUGCAUGCGUGCAGGCAGAAUAAAUGCUAUGCUUCAAAGCAAUUACCGACUCUUUCACGAACUCCUCUGUGACAAGAAGGUUCCCAUCGUUCUGGUGGUCACGGGCCUUGAACACCGUCCCAGGAUGGAGGAGUGGUGGGAGCUCGAACACCACAACCUCCACCGAUAUGGGAUCCAUGUCGCUGGUCAUGGGUGUAUCACUGCUGCCGCCAGCCUGCACUGCAGAUACCAAACCCGAUACAAACAAUUGCGCGUCACGAUCUGCAACCUUGUCAAGGAAUUCACUGCCGACGGGCAGAAGCAAGCAAUCAUAGGAGGAAACAGCUUGUUCAUGUCAUUCAUGGGUAAGUUGAGUGGGCUACUUGUGGGGAAUGGGCAAUCGCGUGUGAGAAAGGAUAUGAUCUCCUGCCUCACCCAGCGUUGCGGUGUAUCUCUAGCCGUUGCAGAACAGUUAGCUGACCGGAUCAAGAAAGACGCGGUGCGUGUUCGAUAG